AUGACCACGCAGAAGGCAGACGAGCAGAUGCGAGGGGAGGGGGGGCACCACAGGUCAGAGAAGAAGGAAGACGCGGGGGAACAAGUAGAGGAAGGAAAGCUCGAGGAACACGACACAGGUAGCGAUGUCUAUGCCAUCUUGGAAGACCAACCAGAAAAAGAAAAAGAAAAAAAAACACUCAAGGGGAAAAUUACAGAAUUAGAAAAAACAAUAAAUAAAAAAAUCGUUCAACUACAAAAGGAGCUAAAUGAAUCGAAGCAGAACAGAAAGACACAGGAUUUGGAUUUUUCAGAAAUUUUGAGAGAAUUCAAAAAUGAGAUAACUCAGAAGAUCAACCAAGUGACCCAGCCAACUAUUAGCGGGGUAGUGGUCCUGUCAGGCUUAGAGGGACCAAACUGCGAGAGUCACUCCACACCCUGCUGA